UCCUGCGCCUCCUCCUCUCUCUCUCGCUCUCUCUGUCUCUCUCUACUUUCUCGCGCAUCUAUGCUCCCAGAACGCAGACAGACGGUGGGCGGUGCGGCGGCGUUGUGAUUGGUGCAAUGGCGAUCACCCUUGGCAAGCUGACCGUCAUCGUCGGAGCAGGUUUUCUUGGAUCAGUUCUUGCAAAGGAUGGUGGAGCCUCAAAGGUCUCGGACUUUCUCUCUGGGGCCCUGAAGAUUGUCUUCAAUCAUCUUCAGCAGGAGGAUCCACCUUCAAAGAUCAAACCGCAAAAUGACGCUCUUAUGGCACAAGUAAAUAGCCUAAGAGCAGAGCUUCAACAGUUUGCAUCUUCAAGAUCAGUCACGGUCAUAACUGGAAGUUCUAGAUCAGGUGCUCGUACAUAUGCCAUGCCUAUCCUUGUCAUUGGAGCUGUGGGAUAUGGAUACAUAUGGUGGAAGGGUUGGAGAAUUUCUGACUUGAUGUUCGCCACAAGACACAGCUUUUCUGAUGCAUGUAUAGCCAUUGGUAAACAGCUUGAUCAAGUUUCAUCAUCUCUGACGGCAGCAAAGAGGCACUUAUCCUCAAGAAUCGAUCGUGUUGAUGCAAAUUUGGAUGAAUGUACUGCAUUGACUGCUGCUACAAAGGAUGAGGUUUCUCAGCUACGGGGAGAUUUAAGCACUUUUGUUGUGGAUAUUGAGUCUGUUCAUCAUGCUGUCCAAUGUCUGGAGACAAAGAUUGGGAGGAUAGAAGAGAAACAGGACUUCACAAAUGACGGAGUACAUCAAUUAUGUGUCUUUGUACAACAAUUGGCAGAAGGAAGGCAUGCAGGAUCGACUCAGGGAUCCCCUUCAAGUUCCUCAAGGCCUGCCCUUGAAUCUCCUUCUGUCCUCUUAUCAACCUCUAGGACUAUAUCAUUGCCAUCUCCAAGGCUUGCAAUUGAACCAGCAUGUACAUCUCAGGAGACUCCAAAGAUUUCUCGGUCUUCCCAAAAUGCAGCUUUAGCAAGUGGUUUAAAGGAUCUACAGGAAAUUUCAAAUUUGACUAUGUCAUCAGAGUUGGAAGAAGCUCCCAAUGGAGCCGUUGUUUCAGAAUCACGGAGCAAUGUGCCAUCAAAUUCAUCUUCAAGCUCUGGUCUUUCAGGAUGGAGGCUCCCUGUUCUGAACGCAUCAUUUAUCACAAGAACUCGAAGCGCCACUUACUCCUUUAGAUAACAUACAGUCCGUUUGAUCAUCCUGGAUACCUGCUGGAGCUUACCCAAACAUCCUACAUUCUCAGAGCAGGGUUGAAUUUUGCAGAGUUAUAGAUUAUUCAGGAAUGAUUAUUUAUGGUGUAUAAAUUGUUCCCGUUAGUUAGUUAUUCGUAAAUAUGUAUCUGGCAUCAGAGAACAUAAACAGGAAGAGCCUUCCGAGAAAGAAAACAAGAAGAGCAGAAUGAAAAUAAGAUGAAUAUAGAAAGAUUAGACAACUUCUGUACGUUCUUCACUUCCCCGCUUGCAUAAUGGCGUGGAGAUCUGCAAAAAGCAUUAACACGAAUUUUGUCCAAGCUGUAAACUUUUAUGCCAUGGCAUGAGGAAGGUUGGAAGUUGGAGUUUCAUCAUGAAAUGGUGAAAUUACCCAUAAUAGAUCAAAACUUCUUUUUGUUGAACAUUUCAAAUGGGUUCACCCAUUUUAUUGCUUCGAAUAAGAAAUCAGUUAUAUUUUUUUUA